AUGACUAGUCUUUGCAACAAUCGACUCCAAGAAGAGCGCAAGCAAUGGCGCCGAGAUCACCCUUUCGGCUUUGUCGCUAAGCCCCACCGAACACCUCAGGGCACCUUGGAUUUGAAGCACUGGGAUUGCGCUAUCCCCGGCAAGAAGGGUACACUUUGGGAGGGAGGAUCGUUCAAGCUGGACGUUAUUUUCCCAGAAGAAUACCCAACAAAACCACCGAAGUGCAAAUUUACUCCGCCUCUUUUCCACCCGAAUGUCUAUCCCUCUGGCACUGUUUGCCUCUCCAUUUUGAAUGAAGAGGAGGCAUGGCGUCCUGCUAUCACCAUCAAGAGUAUUCUUAUUGGUAUCCAGGACCUUUUGAAUGACCCCAACCCGGAUUCACCUGCCCAGGCCGAGGCAUACAACCUGUUCAAGAAGGACCGACCUGCCUACGAGCGAAAAGUGCGCCAGGUCGUCAAAGAAAACCCCGUUCUGUAG